CGUAAAUAUCCCAAAAUCAUCCAAAAGCCAAAAAAGCCAAAAACAUCAAAGGAGAAAAACGAAGUCACAGCAAAAUCCCAAAAACCCAGAUCAAAAAACCCACAAACAUAAUAAGUCUCUAGAAGAAAAGAGAAAACCCCAAAUUCAAGUUACAGUCUUUCAGUUCCAGCUCCUUCUUCUUUGUUCUUUUAGAGAAAAAGAAAAGUCAUGGUUUGCUUCUUUGCCACAAAGAUCCAACCAAAACAGGACCACCAUUUCAGACCCAAAUGCAGAUUGUGAAAAUCCCUGAAAAUGUAUGAGUGAAUCUCUCUUUCUCCACUAGGGUUUUCUUUUUUCUCUGCCCACAUGGCUUGGACACACGCCAUGUCCACCAUUCCUUCUUCUUGUUGCUUUUGCAGGAGUUUUGGCAAAAAUGGUGGUGAUAAUAGUGAUGUUAGUUGUCACACUCACAAGGAAAACGACAGGGUCUGGGUUUUGGGUAUACCCAGGGAGAGAAUUAGCUCUGGUUCCACCAUUUCUAGAGCUUCGAUUGGGUUGCGUUCGAUGAAUGCUGAUUUUCUCACUGCCCGUUGGAGAUUGAACGCUGUUGAUACCCACAUUCCUCAGGCCGCUUCCACUCGCACCAGCAUUGAGAUUCCCGUUACAUGUUACCAGCUUAUUGGUGUUACCGAUCGAGCUGAGAAAGAUGAGGUUGUUAAAUCGGUGAUGGAUUUGAAGAGUGCUGAAAUUGAAGAUGGUUAUAGCAUGGAAGCUGUUGUAUCUCGCCAAGAUCUUUUAAUGGAUGUUAGAGAUAAACUUCUUUUUGAACCUGAAUAUGCCGGUGAUGUGAAGGCAAAGAUACCACCUAAGGCUACACUUCGAAUUCCUUGGGCUUGGUUGCCUGGUGCUCUUUCCCUCCUUCAAGAGGUCGGGGAAGUAAAGCUUGUUCUAGAUAUUGGCAGGUCAGCUCUUCAACAUCCUGAUGCUAAACCAUAUAUGCAUGAUUUGCUUCUUUCUAUGGCACUUGCUGAGUGUGCGUCUGCAAAGAUUGGUCUUGAGAAGAACAAGGUGUCCCACGGAUUUGAAGCUCUUGCUCGUGCACAGUGUCUUCUAAGGAGUAAAAAAUCUUUUGGGAAAUUAACAUUAUUAUCUCAGAUAGAAGAAUCUUUGGAGGAGCUAGCCCCUGCUUGCACAUUGGAAUUGUUAGGCAUGCCUCACUUACCUGAGAAUGCUGAACGGAGACGAGGAGCUAUUUCUGCCUUGCGUGAAUUGCUCAGACAGGGACUUGAUGUAGAAGCACCACGCCAAGUUCAGGAUUGGCCAUCCUUCUUUAGCCAAUCUCUCAAUAGACUACUAGCUUCAGAGAUUAUUGAUCUUCUUCCAUGGAAUGAUUUAGCCAUCACGCGGAAGAAUAAGAAAUCGCUUGAGUCACAAAAUCAAAGGGUUGUAAUUGAUUCUAAUUGUUUCUAUGUAGCAUUAAUAGCUCAUAUUGCACUUGGCUUUUCAAACAAGCAAAGAGAACUGAUUGACAAAGCAAAAAACAUUUGUGAUUGUCUGAUAGCAUCGGAAGGCAUCAAUCUGAAAUUGGAGGAAGCUUUUUGCUUGUUCCUUCUUGGUGAAGGUAAUAAGGCUGAGGUGGUUGAAAAGGUUCAGCAGCUUGAGUUAAAAUCAAAUCCUGCUGUGCGAAAUUCAGUCCUAGGGAAGGAUGUUAAAGAUGCUUGUGGUGGAAAUCAAUUGUUGGAAAAGUGGCUGAAGGAUGCUGUGCUCACUGUGUUUCUAGACACACGGGAUUGUCCUCCAUCCUUGGUAAACUUUUUUAAUGGUGAAAAGAAAGUAGCUGGAAACAAAAAAUUUAAAGGAGCUCCACAAACUGUGGCUACUAUAAAUCACAGACCAUUGUCCAAUACUAUUGUAUCAGAGCGGAGGGAUUUUGAGGAAUCUCUUUCCCGUAUGAGCUCUUCUCUAAAUCUAGGUACAGCUAUUAAGCAGCUAGCUCCAAUUGAUUUGCAAAGUUCAUUGAUUGUGGACAAAAAUAGCAACGGAAACAACAGUGGUGCACCAUCUGUUCAAUUGAAAAGAAAUAUUCGCAUGCACCAUAAUAAAGUUUGGGAGAGUUGGUUAUCCCCAGGUGAUCUGGUCAAAAGUUUAACUUCUGUUGCAGUACUUGGAUGCAUUGUCUUUGCUACUGUUAAGUUAACAAGGAUGAAUAUAAAUGAGAAGAGAAGUGCGUCUUGGGUUGCUAAUAAAUCUGAAGCAUAUCCAAGUUCCCUUGCAUGGACAACAGAUUACACGGUGGAUAACAAUGUAGUUCCUGCUUACAUCAAUGGAAAUGGAAUGGGUGGCAGAUUUAAGAAGCUCUUUACAAUAGUAACUAAGAAGUUCAAAAACUUCUCUGAUGCUGGAGAUGCACAAACAUACCCUGCUGCUGGUCUCUCAUCUAUGACGGCCAUUUCCAGAAGGCUGAUGCCUAUGGACGAAGCUGAAGCACUCGUUAAGCAAUGGCAAACAAUUAAAGCUGAAGCUCUGGGUCCUAGCCAUGAGGUUCAUAGCCUAUCUGAAAUCCUUGAUGAGUCAAUGCUUGAUCAGUGGUAUGGUUUGGCUGAUGCUGCAAAAUCCAGGUCAUGUUAUUGGAGAUUUGUCUUGCUAGAAUUGUCUGUUUUGCGAGCUGAAAUUUUGUCAAAUGGAAUUGGAGCAGAGAUGGCAGAAAUUGAGGCUGUUCUAGAGGAAGCAGCUGAACUUGUUAAUGAAUCUGAGCAAAAGAACCCAAACUAUUACAGCACCUAUAAGAUUCGGUAUAUUCUGAAACGACAAGAUGAUGGCUCUUGGAGGUUUUGUGAAGGUGACAUUCAAACAUCAUCAUGAUGUGCAAGCCGACUUCUAGAAAUCAGCCCUAAUGACUAAUACCUUUUUGCUAACAUGGUUCUUCCCAUCUAAAAUUCUUUUUCCUUAGGAGACCUCCGAAAAUUCAAUAUUGGGUCUCUGUUGAGAAUAGUUUAUCACAAUUUAGAAAUUUAUUUUUUUAUUUUUUCCAAAGAUGAAGGGGGCUUAGUGUUAACUUUGCUUCUCUUUACUUGUAUAUAGUUUGGUAGGGAAUUCUGUAUGUUGAAAGUUGAAUAUCAGUUGUACUCGAGAACAUGAAAGCUGUUUAGCCAAAAUUGAGGAAGUAGUGUAAAAAUUGUCAUUGUCUUGUUGAA